AAGGAUCGACAAGUCCUCCUCGUCAGUCCAUUACGGAGAAGCACAGCUCUCGCGUAGAUUCGUCGCAUCCGAGGAUCAAGCAUAACGAUAUCGGGGAAUAAAAAGGACUGGAGAAAAAAAAAGGGUGUGGAUGCACGUAAGCCUUAAUAACAUUAAGGUCAGGGUGAAGAAUGGUCGAAGGUGAGGAGGGACGAGAAUCCACGAGCACGAAUCAAACGCUAACCGGUUAUCCGGAGAUUCUGCCUGUAUUGGCUACAAUUGGAACGCUAAUAACAGUUGGUAUAGCAGUAAAGUUAUAUCUAUCCUUUAAAGAUGUAAAGAAAAAGAAAGUACUACUUGUUGAACCUACGCUAAAAUAUAGUUUGCCACUAAUUGAAAAACAGAUUGUAAAUCAUGAUACUAGAUUGUUUAAAUUUGGCUUGCCAAGCGGUGAACAUGUGCUUGGUCUUCCAAUUGGGCAGCAUGUACAUCUAACGGCAAAUGUGAAUGGAGAAGUUGUUAUACGUGCCUAUACUCCGGUUACCAGUGACGACGACCAUGGUCACGUUGACCUUAUUAUUAAAGUUUAUUUUAAAAAUGUUCAUCCUAAAUUCCCAGAGGGUGGAAAAAUGUCGCAACACCUCGAGAGCUUACAAAUUGGAGAUACCGUAGAUUUUCGAGGACCCACGGGCAGACUCGUUUAUAAUGGACGAGGUCAAUUUUUUAUAAAAUUACUGAGGAAAGAGCCUCCUGUUAACUAUUCCGUAAAUAAGCUAGUAAUGAUUGCCGGGGGCACAGGAAUUACACCAAUGUUACAACUUAUUCGAGCUAUAACUAAAGAUUCGGAGGACAAAACAAAAAUAUCCCUACUUUUUGCAAAUCAAACUGAAAAAGACAUUUUACUGCGCGAUGAGUUGGAGGAGAUUUUAAAAAAACACUCCGACCAACUAAAAAUUUGGUAUACGAUCGAUACGAGUAGCGAAGGUUGGAAGUUUAGCACUGGCUUUAUCAACGCUAAUAUGAUCUCUGACCAUAUGUAUCCUCCUUCGUCCGACACAUUAGUGCUUAUGUGCGGACCACCGCCGAUGAUAAAUUAUGCCUGCUUACCAAAUUUGGACAAAUUAGGAUAUGAUCCUAAACUUCGCUUUGCCUAUUAGGAUUUUUUUAUUUAUGUAUAAAUUUUUUUAAUUUUUAAACUAAUAUAAAAAUAUAUUAAAAUCUAUGUAAUGUUUGUUAGUCAUUGUUGUAUUGUCAUACUUUGAAUGUGUCGUGA